AUGGAACGCGGGUCAGCUUCGGAGACCAACUCCGUCAAGACGAGCAUCCCAUCCAAAGCUCCAUCUCUGAGCUCAUGCUCAAAAGAACCCCAUGAUCAAACCCCCAACCCUCCACCGACACCACGACCCGAAAUCGCUCCCAACGGCGAAGUCAUCCUCCUCGUCGGCCCAAACUCCCACCCCAUCCGCGUCCACGCCCUCAUCCUCGUCGAUGCCUCCCCCGUAUUCAAGUGCCUCUUGCAACCCACAUCUUCAACUUACACCGAGUCCGCCGCCGUGCUCUUCGCGACGCCCGACUCACCAGCGCACGUCACUCUCCCGGAAGACGACCCCCAGGCGAUUGAGACGAUAUGCCGCGUGCUGCACAGCCGCAUCGACGACGCCGUGUGCGACUUGUCUGACGACGAGGUGCUGAGGGUGGCUGUUGCGGCGGAUAAAUACGACUGCACCGCAGCGAUGGGCCUUGCGGUGCGGCACUGGUUGAGGGCGGAUAAGUUGGAGGCGAUCAAGAACGCGGCGAGGGAUGGGUGUAUCGGGUUCCGAAGGGGCGAUAUGUUGUUGGCUGCGUAUUGGUUCAAAUGCGAGGCGGUGUUUGAGGAGCUCACGAGGUUGUUGGUCGUGAGUACGGUGGGAGGGUUUGAGGGGCUGGUUGAUGGGCGGGAUGGCCCUGAGGAGGUUCUUGCUUGGAGACUUGCGUACGCCCUCGAAAGACAUAGGAACAACCUUCGCCUCUCCCUUUGGACCGCCAUCAAUGAACGCAUAUACGAGCCGGUAUCCCUUCCCUGGAACAUCCGCCCACGUCUUCAAUACAAACGCAACUGGUUCGGCUCACGAGGCGGUGGGGAUCUUGCCGUCGGCGUUUGA